AUGUGUGCUAAUGAUGAAGCACCAGCGAGUAAAUCCCAGCCGGUUCCCGCAGAGGCAGAAUCCACUGGUUCAGUGAGCGAAACACGUCGAUGUCGUCGUUAUAAACCGCUAUUUCCGUUGCAUUUUGAAUUGGACGCGGAUUCAGCAACAGUGUAUAUCGACGGUGGUUUGGCGGCUCGUGUUUGUUCAGUGGUAAAGAAUUCACUGGAUGAAAUACGUGGGUAA